GCAGUCUAUUCUGGUUGUACAUAUUCUACAAUGGCUGAAGAUCCCAAGUCCCCCUCCCCAGAGAAGCUGUCACCAGCACCAGAGGGCGAGUCUCUUCUGUCUCAACCGAACUCCGAUGCACAAGGCCAGCUUACAGCGGCCGUUGAUGAAUUGCUAGAUCAGCUGCAAAGCAAGUUUGAGAAUGUCUCCACAGAAAUGUUUGGAAAGCUGGACGACAUGACGAAACGUCUGGACGAACUUGAGGCAUCUUUGACCGCGUCUUCCGAUUCUGCCACCGCAACUCCAACCAAAUAA